AUGAGCAGCUACUUCCGCGUCACGCUCAUGCGCUCAGCAAUCGGUCUCCCACGCCGCACCAACGACGUCCUAAAAGCCCUCGGCCUGAAGAAGCGCAUGGCUACCGUCUUCCACCCCGUGUCGCCGUCUGUGGCGGGUCAAAUCAUGAAAGUCAAGGAAUUGGUGCAGGUGCAGGAAGUCGACCGUCGACUCACGAAGCAAGAGGUGCAUCUCGAGCGCAAGCCCGAUCCGGGAUACUAUGUUGAGAAGACCUCGGGGGUGGAGUUUGAGGAGAAUAGGUUGGCUUGA